AGAGUGGAUGGAGAAAGGGCAGAGCAAUGCAAGUGUCUAGGCAGACACAAAACGCCAGAGGACUGGGAUAUACAUAUGCAUGUUCACUGUCUGGAGCUACUGUUGACUGAUUCUUCCUGCGGAAACUCAUUUCCUUGACGUAUUCCUGGAAUUUAUUGAGAAACUUGGAUUCCACGAGUUGAGAAAUAGCUGGCUUUGAUAUAGGCUCUCUCUCUCCAAACGCUGCAGUUGUCACAUCUUGUCAGAAUGAGGUCCCUGGUCCUCGGCUUCUUCUUCCUGGUGUGCUGUAACGCAGUUCGACUGGACAGACGGCGUCCCAGACCCAUCGCGGCCCGAGGUCGAAAUGAGACUACUGUCCAAACCAAACCAGCGGAGAAACCCUGCAAAGCAACCCCGCUGGAUUUCGUCUUUGUCAUCGACAGCUCCCGAAGCAUCCGCCCCAACGACUACGAGAAGGUGAAGGCCUUCAUCAUCAACCUUCUGCAGUUCCUCGGGGUGGGCUCUGAUGCCACUCGGGUCGCUCUGCUACAGUACGGCAGUGUGGUCCAGCCCGAGUUUUCCCUCAACACCUACACCACCAGGGCUGAGGUGGAGCAGGCGGUGCGGAACAUGGAGCACCUCGCCACAGGAACAAUGACGGGUCUGGCUAUCCAGUACACCAUGGAGACGGCCUUCACUGAGGAAGAGGGAGCACGACCUGCAGAACUGCUCAUCCCGCGAAUCGCCAUGGUUGUGACUGACGGGCGGCCUCAAGACACGGUGGAGGAGAUCGCGGCUCAGGCGAGGCAUGCCGGCAUCCAGAUCUUUGCUGUCGGUGUGGGCAGGGUGGAUAUGAACACUCUGAAGGCCAUAGGGAGCGAGCCACACUCUGAGCAUGUGCACCUGGUGGCCAACUUCAGCCAGAUAGAGACCCUCAUCUCUGUGUUCCAGUCCAAACUGUGUGGAGGUUCAGAGAUGUGUGAGGUGGUGGACCAUCAGUGCCAGCACAUCUGUGUGAGCAGCCCUGCCUCAUACAGGUGCAAGUGCAGGAAGGGCUUCACCCUCAACCCCGAUGGCAAGACAUGUAAAGGGAUUGAUCACUGUGCUGAUGGCACCCAUGGGUGUGAGCAGGAGUUUAUGAGCACAGAAGAUGCCUGUGUGUGUAAAUGCAGAAACAGCUACACACUCAGGCCUGAUGGAAAAACAUGCAAGAAGAUAGACCAUUGCGGGAAGCACGGCUGUGAACAGGAGUUUAUGAACACAGAUGACGCCUGUGUGUGUAAAUGCAGGAAGGGCUACACACUCAGACCUGAUGGGAAAACAUGCAAAAAGAUAGACCAUUGUGCUGAUGGUAAUCACGGCUGUGAGCAGGAGUUUCUGAAUACAGAAGACUCAUGUGUGUGUAAAUGCAGAAAUGGAUUCACACUCCAACCCGAUGGAAAAACAUGUCAAAAGCAACAGUGUGGCGAUGGAGUCAUGGAUCUGGUUUUUGUAAUCGAUGGCUCCAAGAGUCUGGGCCCUGCCAACUUUGAACUGGUCAAGCAGUUUGUAAACGGCAUUGUGGACUCACUGGACAUUUCCAGGACAGGCACCCAUGUUGGCCUUCUUCAAUACUCCACCAAGGUGCGCACAGAGUUCACCCUAGGCCAGUACACCACAGCGGAGAACAUCAAACAAGCUGUGUCCAGGAUGCAGUACAUGGGGAGAGGCUCCAUGACUGGCUCAGCCUUACGUCACAUGUUUGAGCUCAGUUUUUCAGCUAAAGAAGGAGCCAGGCCGAACAUCCCACGCGUCAGCAUUGUGUUCACUGAUGGAAGAUCACAGGAUGACGUGUCCGAAUGGGCUGAUAAAGCAAAGAACUCUGGGGUCACAUUAUAUGCUUUGGGUGUAGGCAAAGCCAUUGAACAGGAGCUGAGAGAAAUAGCUUCAGAGCCUGAUGAGAAACACCUUUAUUACGCAGAAGAUUUUGACCAAAUGGGAGAAAUUACAACGAAGCUCAAGUCCAGGAUAUGUAAAGACAAACCGUCCAAUGAAAACAUGUGCCGGUGUGAGAACGUGAUAAUGUUUCAAAACCAGGUCACCAAGAAGCUGACGAACCUGAUGCAGAAUAUUGAAGCCAUGUCGAAGAAGCUGGAGUCACUCGAGAAUCAAGUUGUGCGCAAAUGAAAGGCAGAACCUCAUCUCCCUCCCCCUGAACCUGAAGUGUAGCAUUCAUUUUUAAUCCUGUUCUACAAGCUACACAUGCAAUGCUUUCUACUGAAGCUAUUUUUACACUCUUUGUAUACAACAGUGUAUUUGUGUGUGUAAUGUUCUUUAUGUAAUGCCAAAUCAAAUGAAUGACUUUGUACAGUAAACUGACAAAUACAUAUUUUACCCUUCA